UUAAGAAAAAUUCUUUGUCUGUAUAUUUGAGUCGGUUAUGCCAUGUAUGUGCUUUGGCAACACAAUUAUUUUUAUUGUCAUGCCAAUAAAGCCAGUUUGAAUUGAAUUGAAUUGAGAGAGAGAGACACACAAACACAACACACAAAUCUUACAAAAUGAGCACUGAGACACAGAGAGGGAGACAGAGACUGUAUGCCAACACUGAAAAGAGACUGUGCAGACUGGAGCAAGUGAGGAGAGAGAGAGAGAGAGAGAGAGAGAGAGAGAGAGAGCAAGCAGAGAGACAGGAGAGAGGGGAAGAGAGCAAGGAGAGAGACAGGAGAGAGAGGAAGAGAGCAAGGAGAGAGAGAUACAAACACAACACACUGAUCUGACCACAAUAACUAAAAACAAAUCUCAAACAUUAGUGAGGACUAGCAGUUUCCUGACUCGAGCAUCGCUGAGAAGACUGUAAUAGAAUCCUCCAGCCAACACACACCUUCACUUAGGGGGCGUUUACUGGCCUUAACUGUGAGGUUUCUGAAGACCUACAGUCGAUGCUGUUAGCAGGGACGCCUGUUGCCAUGGUGCAGCCCAAUGGAAUCAUGGGUAACGAGCUGAAGUCGGACAUGAUUGGAGGGGAGGGGUCGAUGGGGCUCAGGGGUCAGGGGUCACUGCAGAUCCCUCCAGAGCUGGCGAGCAACGAGAUCGUGCAGAGAGUGAUCGCGGAGAAUCAGGAUCUGAGAGAUGCGAUCAGACAGAGUAACCAGGCUCUGCGGGAGCGCUAUGAGGAGAUGCUGUCUUUCCGGGCUCGGAGUCGGGAGGAGAGAGAAUUCCUGCUGGGAAAGUUUAGGGAGGCACGCAGCCUGGUGGAGCGGCUGACCCAGGACAAAAUCGGGUUGCAGAGACAGAACCAGGAGCUGAGGAGCAGCAUGCAGCUGGUACCAGACAGGACCACAGAGCAGGAGAAGAUGGAAGUGGGAGAGGAGAGAGCGUCCAGCAGAGAGGGUACCAGCAGUGCUGCCAGCUCUCUUGACUCCUUUAACACUCUCACUCAGAGCACGUGUGAGGCAGAGAAACCAGAGAGAGACUCCACAACUGCCAAGCCCCGCGAGGAAGGAGGGAACGAGUUUCUGCUGCUGUUGAAGGAGAGGAAGGAGGAGCUUGAGGAGUCUCUGAGCCGGAUGAGGGAGAGAAACGAGAGACUGGAGAGAGAGAGAGAGGAGCUGGAGAGCAGACUGAGAGAGAGCGAGAGACUGCAAGGGUCAGGGGGGAAGGAGACACGCAGCAGAGAGGACUCUGCCUCCUGUGAAGAGUGGAAGAGGCUGGUGCUGGAGCUGAGAGAGAAGAUCCAGGAGUCUGAGAGGAGGAACGUGGAGCUCCAGAGCCGAGUGGAGUCUCUUCAGAAGAUAUCAGCCCAGCUGGAGCGCUCGGAGGCCAGGCUGAAACUGAGAGAGAGGGAGCUGGAGAGGGAGGGUGAGGAAAGAGCUCAGAAACUCACAGAGCAGCUGACGAAGGACAGUGAGCCCCUGAAAGCCCAGGUGACCUCGCUGCUGGGAGAGCUACAGGAGAGACAGGCCAGUCUGGAGAGCUGCCAGCGGGAGAGGAGCACCAUUGAGGAUAAGCUGCGUCAGGUGAGCGAGUCGCACCGUGCUCUGGAGAGAGAUUGUGAGGUGAUGAGGAAGCAGCACAGCGUGAGUCUGGACCAGCUGAGGAUGAAGGCACAGGACCUGGAGUCUGCACUCAAACUGGAGCGGCACACCGUGUCAGAGGAGAAGAGGAAGCUGGCUCAGUUACAGCAUGCCUACACCACUCUGUUUCAAGACUACGACCAGCAGCUCAAGAAAGAAAACGCCAACAAGCACAAGGGUCAGGAUCUUGAGGAUCUGAAGACCCAGCUGCAGGAAGCAGAAAAUGCUCUGGUGCUGAAGCAGGAUCUCAUCGACAAGCUGAAAGAGGAGUCCGAGAGAAACAGGGGAGCGCUGGAGACUGUGCCAGUGCUGACAGCUCAGGCUGAGAUUUACCGCGCUGAUUUCCUGGCUGAGAGGCAGGCUCGGGAGCAGCUUCACCAGCAGAAGGAGGUCCUGCAGGAGCAGCUGCAGCAGCUGAGUGCACAGCUGGAGGGGGCGAGCAGGGCUCGCAUGGAGGAGCUUCAGCAGAGACAUCUAGAGAAUUACAGACCCCCCCUGCACACCCCUCUCCAGCACCCCCUUCAACACCCCCUUCAACACCCCCUUCAGCACCCCCUACCCCAGCCAGCUGCCUUUGCCCCAAUGACCGGGGGAGCGACGGUCCCCUUCAGCCCGGCUCAGGAGGGAGGCGGUCGGAGGCACAGCUACACAGAGGAGCAGCCGGACUACCGGUGCCCCAAGUGCCAAUACCAAGCUCCAGACAUGGACACACUGCAAAUACAUGUGAUGGACUGCAUACAGUGAGGGGGGGAGUGAGGGGGCA